UCUUCCACCUAACAAUUGACCAAAACCCGUACAGGUUCAAGAUAAGGCUUCCACUAUAACUCUUCCAUUAGCUCUUCUUGCAAAAAGUUCAAAUUAAAACCACAGAGUGGCUUUACCUUCCAAAUCAAAAAUCACCAGCCAUGGGAGAGGUUGAUCCAGCUUUCAUUCAAGACCCUGAGCACAGGCCAAAGCUCUCCAUCACUGAAGCUGAAGGCAUACCAUUGAUUGAUCUUUCUCCUAUAAAUAGUAUCCUUACCCCAGAUUCCAUUUCUGAGCUUAAAGCCAUUGAAGGGCUUGUUAGAGAAAUAGGCAGUGCUUGCAAGAACUGGGGUUUCUUCCAAGUGAUAAACCAUGGAGUCGCGUUGGAUAAGCGCGAAAAGAUUGAGACAGCUGCUAGGAAGUUCUUCGCUCAGCCCUUGGAGGAGAAGAGGAAGAUUAGGAGGGAUGAAAAAAUUGUGGUGGGCUACUAUGACACUGAGCACACCAAGAAUGUUAGAGACUGGAAGGAGGUGUUUGAUUUCGUAGUGGAGGAGCCUACAUUAGUCCCAGCUUCCCUUGAUCCUGAGGACAAAGAAGAGACAGAGUGGAUAAACCAAUGGCCUGAGAAUCCUCCUGAACUAAGACUGGUGUGUGAAGAGUAUGCUCGAGAAGUAGAAAAGCUAGCUCUGAAGUUGAUGGGACUAAUAGCCUUGAGUCUAGGCUUGCCAGAAGACAGGUUCAACAGCUACUUCAAAGACCAAACAAGUUUUAUCAGACUCAACCACUAUCCACCUUGCCCUUCCCCUCGGUUAGCUCUUGGUGUUGGGCGCCACAAGGAUGGCGGUGCAUUAACCGUGCUAGCUCAAGAUGAUGUUGGAGGAUUGGAAGUGAAGAGAAAAACAGACGGGGAGUGGAUACGGGUGAAACCUACUCCAAAUGCCUAUAUCAUCAAUGUUGGUGAUGUUAUUCAGGUUUGGAGCAAUGAGAGAUAUGAGAGUGUGGAACACCGGGUGAUGGUGAACUCAGAGAAGGAAAGGUUUUCCAUUCCCUUCUUCCUUAACCCAGCACACUACACACAAGUCAAGCCCUUGGAGGAGCUGACCGAUGAACGAAACCCUGCCAAGUAUAAGCCCUACAGCUGGGGCAAGUUUAUCACACACAGAAAGCUCAGUAAUUUCAAGAAACUCAAUACUGAAAACAUCCAGAUUUAUCAUUUCAGGGUAUCGGAAUAAGUUUGGAUUACAAGGAGUUUUGCUGAGUGCUACUAUUGUUAUUUUAGCUCCCUGUGCAUACUGUGCUGUAUAUCGAUUCAGAAAAUAAUGCAUUGUUGUAUAGAGAAGUGACCUAUGUGUAACUUCUGAAACAUUGUGUGGUUAAUGUGUCACUAAGAUCAGUAAUAUAAUUAUCUACAAACAUUUAUUUUGCUUCAACA